AUGUAUGAACGUAACUGGAAAUAUCAGCAAGAACGGAAGCGAUGGCACGGAGGGGCUUCGGGGAAUACAACAUCGAGCCCGACGGGAGCUCAGCACGUGGUCUCCAGCAGCGGGUCCGGCGCCGGCGCGGCGAGCGGCGGCGCCGCCACGUCGGCCGGCGCCGCGGUGUCUGGCGGAGCGCGGCGGCGCGGCGACACGCGCGCCUCGCACGUGCACGCCGGCGCCGCGCCCAGCGACACCGCGCGCGCCGGCCGCCGCCGCCAGCACGAGCAGCUCUCGUCGCCGCACGUCGCGCACGCGGCCACCACGGGCGAGCGCCGCUCCAGCCGGGGCCGCCGGCGCGGCUCCGUGCCCGCCGCCGCCGCCGCCGGCGAGCGCACCCAGGGGUCGCGCGGGUCGGGCGCGGCGCGGUGCAGCUCGACGUCGCUCAUCUUGCGCCAGGGGUCGGCGCGGUCGCGGUCGCGCGCGCGGUCCGGCGAGCAGGUCUCGCUGCGCGCGGGGCGGGCGCGGGGCGAGGCGACGGGGAGGCGGGAGGGGGAGGGGGAGGGGGUGUGGCGGUCGGAGUGCGAGCGCGCGCGGGGCGCGGGCGCGGCGGAGGCGGGGGUGACGUCGCUGAGCGAGCGCAGGUGCACGCGGCGGCGGCGGUCGGCGGCGACGGCGGCGGCGGCGGCGGGCGAGUCGUCGGCCGCGCUGACGCUGAUGCGCGGCGCGGGCGGUGGCGCGGACGGCGCGGGCGCAUGCGCAGGCGAGGGGUUGCAGUUUUUGACGGGGCCGGCCCGGCUGGGCCCGGCCCCCGCUAGCUAG